AUGACUGCGCGCAUCGACGGAUGUCUAGUGGGAACUGAGACCCCUGAUAUUUUUGCCAUUACCGAGGUCAAGCCAGCAUUAGAAGCUGCCGAGAGCACUGAGAUGGUUUCCUGGAUACUGCACGAUGAGGAGCAAGUCCGAAAAACUGCCAUUAACCAAUGUCUCCUUGUCUCGCAAGACAACCAUGAAAUCUGGUUGACGAUUGCGAAAUACAACAAUGAAUAUGUGAUACCUGAAAGACGAACUCCCAGCCCCUAUGCCACAAGUCCCCGUCCUGCGCAAAACCCUGGUUCCCAGGAAUAUUUCUCCUUCAUAAGGAUGCAAGAAUAUGGUCCGUGGAAGAUUCGGAAUAGGUCCCAUAUGCAGGCUUGGCGAGAAUACUUGGUGAUGAUCUUGUCAGGCACCAAAUUGAAAUCAAAUUGA